AUGCGGAGGGAUGAGUACGUGCUCAGAACAGGGAAGAUGUGCACUGCAGGGGGGACUGCGAUGCAGUCAGUAAAAUUACAAUUCUGUACCUUGCACCUCGAUCUCCGUGUCCUCGAAGGAGAGUCGAUUAUGUUCAUGACAGACGCGAUCAACGUGAGACAAUCCCUGUCUUCACCGGAGUUACAAAACACCACUGCAAUCCCCCACUCCGAGAGAUGCGACGCCAUGCAGGCCUCAUUGAGAACGACUGGUUUCAAGGCCAAUGCCAAGGCCGUGUUUACCAAGCGCGUGAACGGUAGCAAAACAUCUCCUGCACAUCACCCGUUGCUCCAAGACGCUAUUACCAAGCACCGCGGCCUCAACCACUCGCUUCGUCAACGAUCGUCCCCUCGCUGA